AGUGUGUGCUGUGGUGAGCGCGAGCGGCUGUGCGCGGGUGCUGGGGCUGCGAUGGCGCGCACGAAGCAGACGGCGCGGAAGUCGACGGGCGGCAAGGCGCCCCGCAAGCAGCUGGCCACCAAGGCUGCCCGCAAGAGCGCGCCGGCCACGGGCGGCGUCAAGAAGCCGCACCGCUACCGGCCCGGCACGGUGGCGCUGCGCGAGAUCCGGCGCUACCAGAAGUCCACGGAGCUGCUGAUCCGCAAGCUGCCCUUCCAGCGCCUGGUGCGCGAGAUCGCGCAGGACUUCAAGACCGACCUGCGCUUCCAGAGCUCGGCCGUCAUGGCGCUGCAGGAGGCCAGCGAGGCCUACCUGGUGGGGCUCUUCGAGGACACCAACCUGUGCGCCAUCCACGCCAAGCGCGUCACCAUCAUGCCCAAGGACAUCCAGCUGGCCCGCCGCAUCCGCGGGGAGCGCGCCUGAGUCCCCUGCCCUAGCCCGCACAGACCCAAAGGCUCUUUUAAGAGCCACCACAUGCACAUCAAAAAGAGCUGUUGCGCUGCCUGAACUUUUCCUUGAAAUUCGCCUUAUAUGCUUUGCAAGAGUAAAGUGACAAGUACUUGACAGGGGGAGUGCAAAAAGCAGAAGUUGCAGGAGGGUGAUUGGAGAGCCUCAGGCAGGGGGGAGGGGUUUACAUCCCUGUGGCGGAUGGAUGUGACACAGCUUUCAGCAGAAAAGGGGCUGGAGGGGCCUGGCAGGGACACUCCUGUGUCUGCAGUCGAGCCGUGCUCAGGAAAUCUGUGCCUUAAACCCUGCCCGGCUGGUUCAAGGCACGGGCAGAAACUCCCUGUGUCACUGUGCUGUGUUGCUGUCCCUUGUCACCGUCACACCGAACAAACAGAUCGCCGUGAGGGGGCUGCCACCUUGCUCCAACAAUUCUUAACACCCGGAACAAGAGUAACCAUCGCAAUAAAUCCGUUUUGAUGGUCUCAGGUUUGAUAUAUAUUGUUAUUCCUGCUGUUGAAGCAAUGGGCCACCAUGCUGAUGGCACCGGGUGCCUGAGGCUUCUUGCAGCACAGGAAAGUAUCUUAAAAGGCCAAGACACUUCUUGAAAUUUACUGUGGAUUAAGGAAUAAUUCACCAAAAUUUUUCAGUGGUGAUCACCAUACAUGAUGUAUGCUGAGCUGUCAUUCCUGCAUCCAGUUCUUCAGCGUUCUCUGUGAGUUUCUGGAAGGACAGACACAUACACCCGCAGUUUUCAGACUUCUAAGGACCCACCUUUGUUCAAAUUCUUACAAUGAGGCAAGGUCAGUCUAACAAGGGUCUGAGGAUCAAAAGGAGGAGUUAAAAAAUAAACCUCAGAUUCGUUAGUGGCUGAUGUUUCUCCAGCUGGCUCGCCGCAUCCCCGGAGAGCGCGCCUGAGUUCUGUGCCGCAGCCCUUCCCGGCCAGGCACCGAGGCCACCCACACAGACCCAAAGGCUCUUUAGGAGCCACUACAAGCACAAUAAAAGAGCUCUUGCCCUGUUGCAAAAUGUGUAUGGUUCACUGCUCGGGGGGAGAAGAGAUUGCAGAGGUGCAGUUAUGUAUAUGGGUAAUGUGCCUCAGUGAGGCCCAUCUCUAUCGACAGAGCUGUAAUCUAGUCCCAAUGGCUGUUUUGGAAGCACUACAUGCACCCUAAUUUAAACUCUGGAGCUGCCUGGAAACGUAUUUCCCUUACCUGAUCAGAGGGAAUAGCAGGUUUAUGUAUUAGUGCGAAAUAGUGACUAUCCUAGUGUGAAAUAGUGACAUCCCUGUGACUGGUGUUUUAGGGGUUUGUUCUGGGGCCUCCCUCGAGUACCGCUGUAGUUGUGUUACACUGAUGACACACCUAUAAAGUGCUUCAGCAA